GGCCAGGCUCGUGCCGCUUUGCAGACGCCGCUGUCCCCUCUCGCCGCUUGCUGCAGCCAUGGUCAACCCCACCGUGUUCUUCGACAUCGCGGCCGAUGGCGAGCCCUUGGGCCGCGUCUCCUUCGAGCUGUUUGCAGACAAAGUUCCAAAGACAGCAGAAAACUUUCGUGCUCUGAGCACUGGAGAGAAAGGAUUUGGAUAUAAGGGUUCUUCCUUUCACAGGAUUAUUCCAGGAUUCAUGUGCCAGGGUGGUGACUUCACACGCCAUAAUGGCACUGGCGGCAGAUCCAUCUACGGAGAAAAAUUUGAGGAUGAGAACUUCAUCCUGAAGCAUACAGGUCCUGGCAUCUUGUCCAUGGCAAAUGCUGGACCAAACACAAACGGUUCCCAGUUUUUUAUCUGCACCACCAAGACUGAGUGGCUGGAUGGCAAACAUGUGGUCUUUGGGAAGGUGAAAGAAGGCAUGAACAUUGUGGAGGCCAUGGAGCGUUUUGGGUCCAGGAAUGGAAAGACCAGCAAGAAGAUCACCAUUUCCGACUGUGGACAACUCUAAUUCUUUUGACUUGCGGGCUUCUUACCCACCAGACCAUUCCUUCUGUAGCUCAGGAGAGCACCCCAGCCCCAUCUGCUCGCAGUACCCUGUAAUCUCUGCUCUCACUGAAGUUCUUUGGGUUCCAUAUUUUCCUCAUUUCCCUUCAAGUCUAGCUGGAUUGCAGAGUUAAGUUUAUGAUUAUGAAUAAAAACUAAGUAAGAA